AACUCUAUUUUGUUCAUGGUCUGAGAUUCGCGAAACGUGUUUGUGGAAUUGUAGGCGCCAUCGUGUAUUGGUAGGCUUUGUUGUAAAGAGCUCAUGUAAUCAUUUUUUUUAUGAGGUGUUAUUCUGUUGUGUUUCCUCUGUAAAAUGCAGAUAUUUGUGAAAACCCUUACUGGAAAGACUAUUACUCUUGAAGUUGAACAAAGUGAUACUAUUGAAAAUGUGAAGACUAAAAUUCAAGAUAAAGAAGGUAUCCCUCCUGAUCAGCAGCGAUUGAUUUUUGCUGGUAAACAGUUAGAAGAUGGAAGGACUUUGUCAGAUUAUAAUAUUCAGAAAGAAUCUACAUUGCACUUAGUCCUUCGCUUGCGUGGUGGAGCAAAGAAACGCAAGAAGAAGAAUUACACUACUCCCAAGAAAAAUAAGCAUAAGAAGAAGAAGGUUAAGUUAACUGUACUCAAGUUUUACAAAGUUGAUGAAAAUGGAAAAAUUACUCGUUUGCGCCGAGAAUGCCCAAAUGAGGAAUGUGGUGCUGGUGUCUUCAUGGCUUCACACUUUGAUCGGCAGUAUUGCGGGAAAUGCUGUUUAACAUUUGUAUACAAUAAACCUGAAGAAAAGUAACUGUAAUGAUUAAACUGAAUUAAAAAAAUGAGUAGAAAAUAUA